UCGGUCGGUCGUGGGGAAACCCCAGGUACGGCAGAUUUCGCAAUGGUUGUUUUUACUUAUCAUUUGAGUGCUAUAAAAGAGACGUGGAAGACGAAAGGCUACAUACAUUUUCCAGAGACCAUAACCUGAAGAAACGACACAUCUGCUAUUUGCACGCCGCACAUGUCUACACAAACUUCACUUGCACUGCAAACAGUCAUUUGAUUCUUUUGUUGAACGACGACCAACCAAAGUGAAAACUCACUGAUCCAAUCAACUCAAAUCAAUCACUGCACUUCAUUUCAAAAGUUGUGUUCGGUUUUUGCAUUACAUCAACUAGUUUCAUCAAUCAUUGGAGACUCUCGUUGCGUUAAUCACAACAACAAGACAAGGCAAAACAACAUGCUGGGCCAUCAAAAUAACGACGAAACAGACAGCAGAGCAAGACCCUUGACUCCUCUGAUGUCGUUAUUCCGUAAGAUCAAACCGAAGCGGCGCCAUGGCUCAGGAAGCCCAGAAGUCACAAGAGUAAAAAUGGACAGACCUAGAAAUCGUAAACGAGACAGCGGGACAUCAUCUUUGGACUCCGAAGUGGUGGCUUAUACAGAAGAGAUACAGGAGAGUCGACUGACCGCAUCAAGCAUGUCGAGUGAUGUUGUACUAAAGCCGCCGGGGAAUAAAGAGAUUGUUUCUCUAAUCUCAGAGAAGAGUAGAGAAGGCGAUGGAAUGCUACGAGUAACAUCGGACCGAUGGGAUGUCAAAGGUCGACAGGGGGAAGACUUGUUUAAAGUCGACUGCUCGGGGCAAUACGAUGACCCAGGAACCAAAUUCUUGUGGUAUAAACCGAAACCCACAGUAGAAGAACAUGAGAACUGCUUGGGCGCAUAUCUGAAUGCGGAGGACCCCACCAAGAAGUUUCCAACAACGGGAAGUGUGGAGCAGCAAUACCCCUUCAGGCUCUGCUGCCAUAAAAUGAAGGACGGGAAGAUUCACUUGGCUGCACACAAGGCGCCAACAGGAGCUAAAGACUCGGAAGGUCUCCUCUACGUCUGUAAACUCCAGGAGAGAAGCGGUAUCAUCACACUUCAGGAGAAUGUUUCCCACUCGGACAAGCCCUUGGCCGGAUCUUUCAUCGGCGCUACGAACACCGGCCAGGUCAAGAUGUUCCCUCCGAGUCUAUUCGAACCUUACACGGGCAACCCGUUUGCAUAUUUCUACCUCAUGGACCUGGACGAUGAGAAGACGGAAUCCAUGAAGCGGAUGAACGGAGAGAAAUGAGGUAGUUUUCGUGUGUUUUUUUGUUGUUGUGCUUUUGAUGAAAAAAAAGUGAACGGCUUCACGGUGUGGAGAACCAGCAUGAAAUACCUACAGGAGGUUGAGUGUAGGCAUGGACCCGGAGUUGUGGGCUCAAGGGGUAAAAAAAUAGUACUUAUAACUAUUUUUUUUGCCUGUUUUUUUUAUACUAUAUUUGUUCUGUGUGGUUAGUGGUAUUACCAUGCGUAUAUCUACUUACAUGUAGCUGCGUAGACUUGUAACUUAUAUUAUUAGACUACCUAGCUAAUAAUAAUAAUAAUAAGUAAGACUUGUGAAGCUCAUAUUCCAGAGAUACAAUGCGCUGCUUAAGAUUGCUACAAAAUCGGUCAGUUAAUGGGCGAGAAGAGAACAGUUUAGUUUACAUACUUCUCAAAACAACUUAGUUGCUUCUGGAAUUCAGCAAAUUUAAUUGUUUCGGAAUAAAUCACUUAUGUGGUUAACCAUGAUCUUUUUGAUCGACCACAACAGCAGGAAACAAAAAGUGUAGACAGGGUACUUAGAGGAUGUUUAUCUCAACAUUGGAGGAUAUCGGGUCAUCUGUAAUCUGACGCAUGUUUUUUUAUAUUUUUUUGCAAUUGUUGAAAAGGAACUGGAGUGGAGUUUUUCUUUUAGGGGGGUGGUGUCUUGUUCAAGGUACUAAACAGGAUUGGUGAAAAUGUUUGUACUCUUCCAAUAACCAAUGAUGCAAGAUAUAUUUAAUAAUUAUGUAUAGUAAUAAUGUUUAAUAAUAGUAUGCGUAGUAGUACGAUUGUGCUACCACCAUUGUAUGAUAGCCACUGUAUACUUUAGAAAAAGGUGUAGCAUUAAACUUGCAGGUACAACCCUGUUUAAAACUCUUGCAGGAAAAGUUAUGGUUAUGGGCCCACUUUCAUAAAGCCUGUGAGCACAACAAACUUGCUAAGCAUGGAAAAGUAUUGCUCAACAGAAAAAGGU